GAACCUCUCCAAACCCAAUUCAUAGAGGAGGUGAAUUCGAGUCGUUUGCCUCGAUCAACCUAAAAUGAUUCCCAAAUGUGCUUCUUUUGAUGUCAGAUUUUGUACAAAACUGUACAUUUCUCUUUGAUCUGUGCGCUCCGAUGUGAUUUCUGUGUGAAUACGUCUGAUUCAGCUGCUAUUGGCCAAAUUAUGGAAUCCGAGGAAAGUGGGCCGUAUAGACUGAAUCAAGAAAAACUGCUUUCGGUUGACGAUGAGCCGAAUACAGAUUGUGAUAUUCAACCUGGAAAACCCGUUUUGAUACCGGGAAUCCCGGACGAUAUUGCCCUUUCUUGCUUAGCAAGAGUUCCUAGAAAGUAUCAUACGAUUCUCAAUUGUGUUUCGAGGAGGUGGAGAGAAUUACUGUGCAGUGAAGAAUGGUUUUCUUACCGGCUGAAGCAUAAUUUGGACGAGACUUGGAUUUAUGCUCUAUGCAGGGAUAAGUCCGAGCAGCUUUGCAUGUAUGUGUUGGACCCCAAGCAAUUGAAAAAAGGUUGGAAGCAAAUUCAAGGCCUCCCGAGUAGUUUCUUGAAGAGAAAAGGUGUAGGAUUUGAAGUAUUGGGAAGAAAGGUUUACUUGUUCGGAGGGUGUGGAUGGAUUGAGGAUGCUACUGAUGAAGUGUACUGUUAUGAUGCCUCGGCUAAUACGUGGAUGAGAGCUGCUUCAUUAUCAACUGCUAGGUGUUUUUUCGCGUACGAAGCUUUGGACAACAAAAUCUACGCAAUUGGCGGGCUCGGGUCAAAAUUAAGCGACCCUCGUUCGUGGGAUGUUUAUGACAGCUCCAAAGACAAGUGGUCAUCUCACGUGGACCCGAAUGUUAUUCUGGAUAUUGAAGAUUCUGUGCUUUUGGAUAGGAAGAUCUACAUACGGUGUGGUAUAUCAUCUGUAGAUUCUCACGUUUAUGCAGUUGUUUAUGAUCCUUCGAGCGGAAUCUGGCAACAUGGGGAUGAUGACGUGGCAUCUGGCUGGCGGGGUCCAGCUGUCGUGAUCGACGGGAGGUUGUACGUUUUGGACCAGGUGUCAGGUUUGAGGCUGAUGAUGUGGCAGGAGGAUGUUCGGGAAUGGAUGGCCGUGAGGAGAAUAUCAACCCACCUCGUUUUCCCGCCAUGUCGGCUAGUGGGAAUCGGGAGGAAGAUUUUUGUUAUAGGGAAGGGACUUAGUACGGUGAUGUUCGAUGUUGGGAGUGUGGGAUCUUGUGUGGAUGGUGUUUUGGUGAGUUGUUCUGUGGGGAAAUUGGGUUCUGAUUGUGAUGUGAUAAGCUGCAAGUGUGUUGCUAUCUGAGCUUCACCUGGAGAUCAAAAUGUGUUUUUUCAUUUUUUUUUUUUUUAAUUUUAUUUUGGGUUGUUAUUUUUGUAUCUUUGGUAAUACUUUAGACAGAGACUGGGGGGAUUUAUCCUUUGGGAUGAUUGUUUGAUGGCUGUCUGAAAAAAGUGGUGG